UUGCAUAUCAAAAAUCCAAAAUGGCGUGGCAGCCAGAAGAAAAUGGAUUGAGACAAAUUCUACAGCUUUUAAAGGAAUCGCAGUCACCAGAUAAUGCCACACAGAGAGCCGUUCAACAAAAACUAGAGGAGUUGAACAAGUUUCCAGAUUUCAACAAUUACUUGAUAUUUGUACUGACAAAGUUGAAAAAUGAAGAUGAUCCCACCAGAUCCCUUAGUGGGCUUAUUUUGAAAAAUAAUGUAAGAGCCCAUUUUGAGAAAUUUCCUGCCGAGGUUUCCUCAUUCAUCAAGCAGGAAUGCCUAAACAGUAUAGGAGACCCCUCUCCCCUCAUCAGGGCCACCAUUGGGAUCCUGAUUACCACAAUAGUUGCCAAGGGAGACCUCAGAAACUGGCCAGAGCUGCUUCCUGCACUCUGCCAAUGUCUAGACUCUGAAGACUAUAAUGUGUGUGAGGGAGCGUUUGGAGCCCUGCAGAAGAUCUGUGAGGACUCUGCGGAGGCUUUAGACAAUGACCCCAGCAGACCCCUCAACAUCCUCAUCCCCAAAUUUCUACAGUUCUUCAAACAACAGAGCCCUAAAAUCAGGUCCCAUGCUAUUGCGUGCGUGAACCAGUUCAUCAUCAGCAGAACUCAGGCGCUCAUGGUCCACAUAGAUGCAUUUAUUGAGAACCUGUUUUAUCUGGCAUCUGAUGAUGACACGGAGGUUCGUAAGAAUGUGUGUCGGGCGCUCGUCAUGCUGGUGGAGGUGCGCAUGGACCGCCUCAUGCCCCACAUCAACAGCAUCAUAGAGUACAUGAUGAUGCGUACGACUGACGAUGAUGACACGGUGGCGCUGGAGGCCUGUGAGUACUGGUUGUCUCUGGCAGAGCAGCCCAUCUGUAAGGAGGUGCUGACCCCACACAUCGAGAAACUUGUGCCCAUCCUUGUCAAGGGCAUGAAGUACAGCGAGAUCGACAUUAUCCUUCUCAAGGGUGAUGUAGAGGAUGAUGAAAUGGUGCCAGACAAGGAGUCUGACAUCAAGCCACGCUUCCAUCGCGCCAGGUCACACAACCAGAAACAUCAAGGAGAGGGGGGAGAUGGUGAUGGCGAAGGGGACUCUGAUGAUGAUGGCAUGGAUGAUGAUGACAGUCUUUCGGACUGGAAUCUCCGUAAGUGUUCGGCAGCUGCUCUGGACGUUCUGGCCAACGUGUUUAGGGAAGACAUAUUGCCUGUCCUGCUUCCCAUACUGAAGGAGAUUCUGUUUCACGCAAACUGGGAGAUCAAGGAGUCUGGCAUCCUUGUGCUUGGAGCCAUUGCGGAGGGCUGCAUGAACGGCAUGAUCCCACAUCUGCCUGAGCUCAUACCAUACCUGAUCACUUGCCUUGCGGACAAGAAGGCCCUCGUGCGGUCCAUAACAUGCUGGACCCUGAGUCGAUACGCACACUGGGUUGUCGGCCAGCCCCAUGAGCAAUAUCUGAAACCACUCAUGACAGAGUUGUUGAAGCGUGUGUUGGAUGCAAACAAGCGUGUCCAGGAGGCUGCAUGUUCGGCGUUUGCCACACUAGAGGAGGAGGCAUGUACAGAACUUGUGCCCUACCUCGGCUUUAUACUCGAGACUCUCGUAUUUGCCUUCAGCAAGUACCAGCACAAGAACCUGCUGAUCCUCUAUGAUGCCAUUGGAACUCUUGCAGACUCCGUGGGUCACCAUCUUAACAAACCAGAGUAUGUGAGCAUGUUAAUGCCACCCCUGAUAGAAAAGUGGAACGUUCUGAAGGAUGAGGACAAGGACCUGUUUCCCCUUCUCGAGUGUUUGUCGAGUGUGGCCACUGCCCUGCAGUCCGGAUUUCUGCCCUACUGCGAGCCUGUCUACAGAAGGUGUGUUUCCCUUGUGGAACAGACACUCGGACAAAACCUGGCAAGCAUGCAGAGUCCUGAUCAGUUUGACCCCCCUGACAAGGACUUCAUGAUCGUGGCAUUGGACCUGUUGUCUGGACUGGCAGAAGGCCUCAAUCAGCAGAUCGAGACACUAGUGGCCAACAGUGACAUACUGAAACUACUCUACCAGUGUAUGCAGGACCCGAUGCCCGAGGUUCGACAGAGUUCAUUUGCCCUGCUGGGAGAUCUCACCAAGGCUUGUUUCCAGCAUGUCAAACAGUGUAUAGGUGACUUCAUGCCUAUAUUGGGCCACAAUCUCAACCCGGAGUACAUCUCUGUAUGCAACAACGCCACCUGGGCAAUCGGAGAAAUCUCCAUUAAAAUGGGUCCUGAUAUGAAGGAGUAUGUCCCAGUUGUACUCGGGAAUCUUAUUGAGAUUAUCAAUCGACCGAACACUCCAAAAACCCUCCUGGAGAAUACAGCCAUCACGAUAGGUCGAUUGGGGCUCGUGUGUCCCGCGGAAGUGGCACCCAAUCUUCAACAGUUCAUACGACAAUGGUGUACGUCACUACGUAACAUUCGUGACAACGAGGAGAAGGACUCUGCGUUUAGAGGUGUGUGUCAUAUGAUUAGUGUGAACCCUGGCGGGGUCGUACAGGACUUCAUAUUCUUCUGUGAUGCCGUUGCCUCCUGGGUACACCCCAAACAGGACCUCAAAGAGAUGUUUUACAAGAUCCUGCACGGUUUCAAGGACCAGGUUGGGGAAGACAACUGGAAGAAGUUUUCUGACCAGUUCCCAGUUCCUCUCAGAGAGCGCCUGGCACACCACUAUGCGGUGUGAACAAUUUCUGGGUGCGGGGUAUUCUGGGUGGACAAGCUCUAUAUUUGGGCGGGAGGUGGGAGGGAACUCUCCAUUCAGCCUUUCUGGGCUCGCGGGCGGGCGGGUCGACUUCGCGCUGGGAAGGGAGGGAGGGGAACAGGGGGCCGGGCCUCUGUCUACGCGCUGGGGAAUCCUGGGAUAGCUGCAGGUACACAUCGCGGACCUGUGGCAUUACCUUCGCGAACUUAAGGGUGGGCACGCGUUUUACUACUACUGGGUGGGAAACUUUAAAUUCUCAGCCUGCAUAAGUUACCAUCAUCAUCCAGAUAGCUCUGCUGUCGGUUUGUUCGUCAUCUGGACGUAGGAAGAUGCUAGCUUCGGUGUUGAACAUCUCCAACACAUCAAAGCAGUCUACCAUCAGUUACCUGGUCUGUAUUGGCUUUGCCAUAAAACCAUGAAAUUACACCAGCAAUCAUACCAGCAAAAUCCUACACCAGCUAAUCUGGCAUAGAGUUUAAAGAACAGAUUGAACUUGCUAAAUUGUAUUCACAAUAUAAGCAACUUUGAACGCUGAGUGAAAAAAAAUGAACUAAAUGAAAAUCAACCAUAGUGCUAAAACAGACAGAAAGAUAUCACAUUGAAUCAUUUCAUCCUUACUUAGGCUGCAACAUCCGUUUUUUGUGCUUUAAGUCAGGAGAUAAUUGGUUUUGCAUGGUCGCGUGGGGAGGUUAUCGCAUUCUGAUGGGCACCUUGGGUAAGUUAGGUCAACUCUGGCAUUUUUUUAGGGUAAAAUUGGGUGGACAUUUUGUCCAAUAUCAAGCCAUGCCUACCAAGUAUCUCCUCUUGAAACACACCGAAUCUUAGCCAAGACUUUUUUUUAUAAAAAGCAAGACUUCAUUGGAAUAGUGAAAAGAGGUGAUCUUUUUUCCUGCAGUUCGCUGUUAGACAUCAAAAGCUUGAACUAUUAAAUACAGUCUUGGUAGAGAUUCCAAUUAAAGUGUAGUCAAUCUUAAUAAAAAAAUGUAUUCGUGUAUCCUUCACAAUUGUAUGGCUUAAAAACAUACCUAGCUUUUAAUAAAAUUGUACGUAUUUACAACAGUUACAUUUUAACAUUGUUGUUACAUGCCAUAUCUGUUUAAAGUAUUUUUGAAAUACAUCAGCUUUGGCUCUGGUAUUUCCCUGUAAUAAUGUUUAUCCUGAACUGUUCUGUGGAGUUGUUUUUAGAUCAGAUAUAUCAUGAUCAUGUUCAGUGGAUGUUUAGACUUGUUCCACACGUUUGUUAAGAAGCACAUAGUUACUCAUUGAUGAUGUGAAGUAUUAUGGCAUGCUUGUCCAAUCUUACAUAUUGAAUGUGUUUAAUCCUAGGUAAAACAUUAAUAUGGCCCCAAUUUCUGGAAACAUCUUAAGCUUUAGUUGAAGCAUCAUUAUUCAUGCAGUCAAAUUACUUUGGUUUCCCUUAAAUAUCUCCAUACACUUGUGUAUAUACAAAAGACGAAAAUUAAAUAAUUUAUACCAAAUCAAAAAUAGUGAAAUUAGCUUGAUCAGGUCAUAAAAUUCAGCAUGGAAGUGUUGUUACAUUGCAAUUUACUGAAAGGGAAGAUAAUGACAUUCUACUGAAAGGGAAGAUAAUGACAAAAUGGUUAGGAGAUAAUCAUUUUGUUUUCGAUUUUUACUUUUCGAUGCAUAAGAUGAAACAUGAUAAAAUAAGUUAAAUGUUUUAUUAGCAUUUAAGAGUUUCGGUAAAAUUGUAGAUUUUAGACAGUCUCCUAUGUGUAAAAUUAUCCUGUAUGUUCACACCAUCAUAUUUGACAUCUUGAAAGAUUCUCUAAAUUCAAAUAUUUACUGGAACUACGUGUAUUACUGUCUUUAUGUAUGAAAUGGUACCUUAACCGUGUUUGUGGUGAUGAUGUCCAGUACAUGUUGUGGGACUGUGUCUGACCAACCUUGAGAAGGAAUCAUCAAGUCUUCAAGUUAUAAAGCAAGUUUUAAACACAGAAUUGCAAUGUCUGCAUUAAACAUUGUUUAGAUAUUAGUCUUGUACAUCUUCAACUUCUUUUUGUAAGCGCUAUUGUGAAGAAGUUUUGGUAGUAAAAAAAUAAUUUCUGUGCGCACCCUUUGUUGAACAGUCUUUCAAUGUUAUCAAACACCUGUAAUUCUUAAGUUAAAAGUCUUUCAUUUACUCUGUACUGUUGCUUAUACUUCGUUUUAAAAGCAUGCAUGAAAAAUAAAAGUGAAUAUCA